GUUUAUGUUUGUGUUCUGGGUCGUAAGUACCCACUAGUUAAUGGUCGGGCAAAACCCAAAUCGAGUAUCGGACCACUCCACCCACCCAAAUCUGAAAACCAUUCCCUUCUUCACCAACAAAACAAACUUACUCAGAUCGCAGCUUCAGGAACCAAAGAUUCCUUGGACCGUCGCAUGUUGGAUCCCCAUCUCCCAUUCCAAACAAAGCCAUUAUCUAUCGAAAGAAAGAGAGAGCGAAUCAGAAAGUAAAAAAGAGAGAAUGGGGUUUGGUUUGUUAGCUUCGAAGGUCCUCAGACCCACCUCGAGGCUCCUGCUCUCUUCCCAAAACCCUACCAUCUUCCUCCGAACUAUCGUCACCAAGCCUCAGCUUUGCAAUCCCGAGGCCUCCGCCGCUCAGCGGGUGCGGCCGCCGCGGACUCCUGAUGAGCUAUCGAUCGAGGAAGAAGCCGAAAGGAAAGUUGGAUGGCUAUUGAAGACGAUUUUUUUUGUGACUGCCGGGGUUGCAGGAUACCAUUUCUUUCCUUAUAUGGGAGAUAAUUUGAUGCAACAGUCUAUUUCGCUUUUGCGUGUCAAGGAUCCCUUGUUCAAAAGGAUGGGAGCUUCUAGAUUGACUCGUUUUGCAACAGAUGAUGAAAGAAGAAAGAAGAUAAUUGAGAUGGGUGGAGCUCAAGAACUCUUAAAUAUGUUAAGCACAGCGAAAGAUGACCGGACACGGAAAGCAGCAUUGCAAGCUCUUGAUGCACUAUUACACUCAGAUGAAGCUCUAGCAUCCAUGCAUCAGAUCGGGGCCGUUUCAAUAAUUAGGACUGUACCAAAUUCACCUGAGGAUGCAGAAGUUGAGGGUUUCAAGUUGAGCUUGAUGAAAAGGUUCCGAGAUAUGAGAUAUGAUGUACCAUCAUGACUUUUACUUGAGGACAUAAAUGAAGAGAUUUUCGACUCGCUUUGUUAUGAUGGUUUGAAAAGGCAGGGGCUAAAAGACCCCAUGAUUUGUGGUCCUGAUGGACGAUUUAAGGCUGUUAACUGGCGUCAUGCCUUGCUGUCGUAUCAUAGAUUGCCCACCAAUAUGAAUUGGGAAAAGAAAUUGCACUUAAGUGCAACUGAUAACAUAUGGUGUUGGUUUCAAGGUAGAAUUCAAGGUAAACCUUAUUGGCAAGGUCAUAUAAGGUUCUCAAGCAUGAAAAAAAAAGAAAGAAGGUUUGGGGUCACAGCUGGGAAAGGAGGUCUUCCAGAUUCCCUUUAAAGAAAUCAAUCACUUAGUUUUUAAGCUAAUCUAUACCUCUUCUUGUCGACAGCCAAGAUCUUAGAUCACCCGGCAAAAACAUGUUGAUAUGCAUUUUGCCAACAAUAGUUUUAGCUAAUUAUAAUCUUUUAACUUACUCCUUUCUAGUCAUUGAAGGCCUCGAAAGAGAACUGUAACCACUGAAAUUGCCUCCAUUGGAAUGAGAAGUCCUUUCAUUCAAAGGAAUCUCCUUUGAUGAUGAAAACCAUCUCCAGGACUCACUUCGUAGCAAUAAUGAAAACAAAAUAAUAACUAGAAAAGGACUCACACGACCCAUAGGAGAAUUUAGUCAGAGAAUUUGUAAGUUCCGCAACCCUACAUCAAACAAUAUAAAAUAAUCCAACUUUUGCUACCAAAAUCAAUUCCUCGUGUAUCUCUACAAAAUUAGGAGGUGAAAUUCAGAAUAUUGAAAUAAAUUGAUAAACUAGGACGUGUCUCAUAUGUCAAAAUUAAGAUAUAAAUUUUACCAACAAAGAAGGGGCAGUUUUCAGUAUAUAGGAGUAUAACAUUCAAAAUCAAGAUAUAAAUUUCACCAACAAGCAUAGGACUACAAUACUUUUGUUGGCAACGAAAUCCAGGGUAACGAUACCCUAGUAAUUGUGACG